AUGACCGAAGUGAAAAGGAUAAAAGCUGGUUCUUUCAAAACUAUGGGAUUGCAUCCACAACUCUUAAAGAACAUUCCAUUUGACAAUCCAACUCCGAUUCAAAGAAAGACUGUUCCUUUGGUGAUGGAAGGACGAAGCCUUAUGGGUAUUGCUAGAACUGGAAGUGGUAAGACACUAUGUUAUCUUAUUCCUGUCAUUAUGAAUGCUAUAAACAAUCAAAAUUCACUGAUACUACUCCCUACAAAAGAGCUUGUGCUGCAGGUUAAGUCUAUUUUUAAGAUCCUCUCAAACCAGGUUCCUUUGACUGGUACUGUUGUAAUUACAACCUUGAAAAGCAUGGAACUAAAAGACAUUUCAUUGUUGGUUGUAGAUGAGAUAGACAGAAUUCUCGAAGAACCUUCUUUAAAUGCGUUUUUCGAGAGCAUUUCGGAGAAGGUAGCGUGUCAAAAGGUGUAUUUCAGUGCAACCCUUCCAGACGAGCCGUUAGACAUUCCAAUUGUGCAGGUAGAAAGUAAGAUACCUGAGCAUAUCCAAAAUUACUUCUUUUAUGUUCCUAGUGAAAGUAAGGAGAAUGCGCUGUUAAAUAUUCUUGAUAGAACAAAGAAGACUAUUGUUUUCGUUGCUACACGCUAUGGCGUAGAAUUUCUCCUUGCGGUUCUUGAGAAAUUUUCAUAUAAAGCUAAAGGAAUAUAUUCAAGUAUGGACGAUGAUGCAAGAAAAGAGAGUUUUGGUGAAUUUAUGAGUGGAAAGAUCAAAAUAUUGGUCGUUACUGAUGUUGCAGCUCGUGGAUUGGAUAUUCCUCAUCUUGAUGUUUCAAUUUCAUAUGAUUUGAGUGAUGAAAAGACCUUUGUUCAUCGUGUUGGUCGUGUUAGAGGAAUGGGGGAGCAAUACUCUCUUGUGACGUAUUCUGAUGUUUUCCAUUUCUUUAAUAUUAAAGAAACCCAUUUAAACAGUGUUGAAAUUGGGACAAUUCCACAAAAUCUACUGGACAAAUACGAUUUGAGUGAUCUCGAUCAUCUAAAAUAUCUUGCUAUGCGAGGAUAUCAAAGAUGCCUAGAUUUUAGAAGAAAAGUAAGUGUUCCCGCUGAGUUUAAAUCCCUUGUUGAAAGCUUUGAGGUGCAUUCAAAAUUUAAAAUACGGAACACUCUUGCUGAUGAACUUAAGAAAAUGAAGGCUAAGAAGAUUGAAUCUUCCAAACAGGAAGAAGUAUCAUUCAAAGACCAGUUUUAUAUUCCCUAUUCAAAAAAUGAACGAAGAACGCAUUGCUCUGCAUUUUCUGUUGCCAAAGAUGACUACGUGAAAGAACGUAGACCAAGGCAAAGACCUAGCCAAAGAAUUGCAUCAAAGCCAAAGAGUUAG